UUGUAGUCUCUUCUUUAACUAUUUAUAUGUCGAACUUGUCAGAAUUGCCAUGCGACCUCAUUCGUACAGUUGCCGAGCGUGUUUAAGUGAUUGAAGAUUUUGUUGCUUUUGGUGCUGUUUGUAUCUCAUGGCGAACUGCUGCUACGAGAGAUAAUUUUGAUGUAUCCUCCCAACAAAUUCCAUUGCUUAUGCUAGCAGAUAAAGAUGAUGAUUAUCGAGAAUUUUACUCUCUUUCCAAACACAAAGUUUCACGCAUAUUUCUCCCAGAAAUUAGAGGGCGAAGAUGUUUUCCAUCAGAGGGAGGUUGGAUGUUCACAGACUCAUGUACAGGAGAAUUUAACUUGUUUCAUCCUUUCUCCCGUACCCAAAUUCAACUUCCUCCACAAAAUGCCCUAAAGGAGGCUUUACAGAAAGACGCAGAAAUAACUCAUUACAUUAUUGACAAAGCUGUCUUAUCUGCCAAUCCUUCUCUUACAUCAGAUUAUGUUUUGGUGAUUUCCGAUCUUACAUAUGGUAGAGGUGAUCUCGCCUUUUGGCGACCGGGAGACGUCAACUGGACUAAAAUUGUCAUGAGAAGAAAGGCUAGAUUCAACAGUCUCUUUCACCAUAAGGGGAAAUUUUAUGCUUUUAAUUAUGGUGGCGAGUUAUGGGUUUUUGAUGUUCCCGGCUGUAGCGUUCCUGAACCAAUUGUAGAGCCGCACCGGCUUACUCGUCUGAAAGAUCCAAUAUUACAUCAACCGGAUACUCAGUACUACUUUGUUGAGAUAUCGGGUGCACUAUUAUUUCUUAUUCGAUUUUUGAAUAACACAUAUACUAGUGAUUAUGAAACCAUUAAGUUUAAGGUAUUUGAAAUAGAUGUAAUCAAAGAUCAAUUGAACGAGAUUAAUACUUUGGGAGAUUCAACAAUUUUUUUGGGACGUAAUGGAGCAACUGCUAUGGUUACAGGGCUGAAACCUAAUCACAUUUAUUUUACAGAUGAUGUGUUUGAGAGCUAUUUCGCCUUGGAAGCAGGUAGUGGAAAAGAUAUGGGGGUUUACAAUUUUGAAAAUGGAAAGGUUGAAUCUUUUUAUUCUGGGGUGUCACUAAGUCCUGUUUGCCCGCCAACAUGGGUUAACCCAUCAUUCGGAUCAUAAUGCGGUUUUACUCACCAUCAUAUGGCAGCUCAUGAGAUCUCUUUGUUUUGUUUUGUGUUUUUAGCUAGUUAUUUAUCAUUGUUUUUAACAAAUUAUCAUUAUAAAGUUAAAUUAAUCUAUUUAUUUUCCUUCAUUUUAAUAUGUUGUAUGAAUGUUAUCAUAUUUAAGCAAUUCUAGUUGUGAUUUCUCAAAAUGGUUGAGGCUUAUGAGAUUCAGUUUGC